AUUAUUUUUAGUUUUUAAAAUUCUUGACCAAACAAAAGCCUAAAGUAAAAGCACCACCUGACAAAACCAUUCUAAAAUCCAAAGAGUUCGCGUAAAGAAGGUUUUGAUUCGUCAAUCGUCGAUGCAAAAAAGAGAAAAUUUGGAAUCUGAUUCGUUAAUUUACCCCACAAGAUUAAAACGUAAUAAAGUGUCUUGCUUGCUGUAGUUUAGUGUUAAAUCAUUCAUUUGAGAAACCUGUGCUGCAGCUCUAAUGGCAGAUUCCGAUGUUGAUUCCGCCUCAGUCGACGCCAAUUCAGCUGCUGCUAAACCCACUAUUACUCAUAUCAUAUUCGAUAUGGAUGGUCUCUUAUUAGAUACUGAGAAGUUUUAUACUGAAGUUCAAGAAAAAAUACUAGCUAGAUACAAUAAGACUUUUAAUUGGUCUCUUAAAGCAAGAAUGAUGGGGAGAAAAGCAAUAGAAGCUGCUAGGAUCUUUGUGGAAGAAACCGGAAUCAGUGACUCUCUUUCGCCAGAGGACUUUCUUGUAGAAAGGGAGGCAAUGCUACGGAGCAUGUUUCCAACUAGUGAGCUUAUGCCAGGGGCCAGCAGGUUGAUCAAGCAUUUACGUGCACAUAGUGUACCAAUCUGCGUAGCUACUGGCUCGCAUAAACGGCAUUUUGAGCUGAAGACUCAAAGACAUGGAGAACUGUUUGGUUUGAUGCACCAUGUUGUCCUUGGAGAUGAUCCUGAAGUCAAGCAAGGAAAGCCAUCUCCUGAUGGAUUUUUGGCAGCUGCCAGAAGAUUUGAGGGUGGACCUGUUGAUCCAAAAAAAUGUCUUGUAUUUGAAGAUGCACCAUCAGGGGUUCAAGCUGCUAAGAAUGCUGGGAUGUCUGUGGUUAUGGUUCCUGAUCGAAGACUAGACAGCUCUUUUCAUACAAUUGCUGAUCAAGUUCUGCAAUCCUUAUUGGACUUUAAUCCUGCCGAGUGGGGCUUACCGCCUUUUGAAGAUUCGGCAUGCUGAGCUCAAUAGUUAUGCUGCUCAAUGUUGUUAGGUACACUCCCUCAAAAGCCCAUCUCUGCUCUGUGGAGUUCAAGGGUAGACCACCAAAGUGUUUGGGUGGUUCGAAUCAAAAGUUCUGAUUUAAACUUCCCUUUGAUUUGAUUCAUGAAUCCCAUUAUUUAUCAGUUUUGACUCUUGACAUUGGAUGGCUAAAAAGGCUGCUUCAUUUCAUGUUUAGAAAGCAGUGUUCUAAUAAACUUGGAGCCUGGAGGUAUAAUAUUUUGACCUGUAAUAAGAAAUCCCAAAUUUGACGGAAUUGAAAGAGUUGUCAGGCUUUACCAUUGACCA